AAAUGAAAACAAACUGGUUAAAGUUUCUAUCGGCCUAACGUGAAAUUUCAUUAUUCUAAAGUCCAUAAAGAAUAUUUUAUUCUAUACUAAAAAUAAUAUCGUAUCGAAAAUACGUGAAUUUGAAACGCCUAAUUUGGUUUAUGUUUAACAAACAUCAAUAGGGGAUUAGAUUGUAAAACUAAAAGCUAAUGGUUUAAAACUAGUGCGGUUGAAAAUUAAGGACAAAGCAUCUAAAUUAGCCUAUGUACAACUAUACUAGAUUACCAUCACGCGAACCCUACAAAUCUGUCGUAGCACGAGGACCUUAAAACAAACUAUCAAUUUUUUAGCUGCUACUAAGAGCCGCUCGAAAACGGUGGUGCAUUUAUUAAGGUAAAUCCGAACAUUCUAAAAAAUUGAUAACGGAUCUAACCUCAAACACGAUGGUGAAAGCUGGGAGCUUUACGUUAACUCCCUGUGGUGUUUGUUCGGAGGCAUCAGAAACCAACGAAGGCAUGGUCGGAUGCGACGCUUGCGAGCUUUGGUUUCACUUCCGAUGCGUUGCAGUUUCGGAAGAGCUCUUGGAAGAUGUAGACAAGUGGUUCUGUCCAUCAGAGUCCUGUCAGAAGGUGGCGGAAGAAACUCGUAAGAAGACGAAUGCUAGCAAGAAAGCAGUGAAGUCCAAGGGAACGAAGUCACGGACACAAGAUGAAUCGGAAUCCAGUGUUAAAUCUGAUCACCAAUCCGCUCCAUCGCUGGAGAAACAGUUGAAGGCGCUAGAGCGAGAACAGAAGGCCAAAGAACAAGAAAUGGAAAUCGAGAAAAUCUUGAGAGAGAAGCGGAUCGAAAUGGAUAGAAUCUUGAAGGAGAAGCAGUUGAAGAUCAAUAAUGAGCUGAGGGAGAAGGAAUUGCAGCUGGAGAAGGAAAUGCUCGAUAAGGCACUUCACGAGGAGCAGGUCCAUGCUGAUCGUAUGCAGCAGAUGCGAGAAUCGUAUCAAAAUGCGAUCGAAAACAUGAAGACUAUGACCGUGAAAUCGAAGACAGUCGUCGUACAAUCAAAGCUUGAGAAAGCGGAAGUCGCGGGACGUUUUCCGGCUGCAGAAGAAGGAUGUUCGUAUAAACUACAGAAGGCAUUAAGUACGCCGUUGCGCAAUCCAGGCGUGUCGCUAAGAGCACUUUCGGAAAAGCAGCGGAAACAACUCCAGGUAUCGGAACUAUCGUCAGAUGAAGAUCACGAUUCCGUUGACGACAGCGACGACGAAGAAUCCGACGAAAAUAUCAACAAUUCGGAGCCGUCAUCGGGAGAAGAGCCAAACGAAGAAUCGGAGAAUGAAUCGGAAGAAUCGAGUUUGACCAAACGCGAACUACGACGGAGGAAGAAGGCAAUGUCACACGGGCUGGGGCGUCGCAUAGCAGGUCCAACGAAAGCUCAAUUGGCCGCACGCAAUGGAAUUUCCAGGAAACUCCCCAUUUUCUCUGGCAAGCCCGAAGAGUGGCCUCUUUUCAUCGGAAGCUACGAAGCCUCUAACGAAGCAUGCGGUUUCAACGAUGUAGAGAACUUAGUUCGCCUACAGGACAGCCUAAAAGGCUCGGCCUUGGAUAGUGUUCGUGGACAAUUGUUGUUGCCAAAGUCCGUACCGAAGGUGAUCAACAAACUCCGGCAGCUCUACGGUCGUCCGGAACAACUUUUGCAUUUCCAUCUGGGAAAAGUGAAACAAUUGGACCCCCCGAAAGCAGAUAGAUUGGAAACGUUCAUUCCUUUCGGAAAUGUGGUGGAAGAAUUAUGGGUUGAAAGAGCAUUUGAUCCAUCCGCUCCUCAUCCAAGAUUUGGUGGACAAGUUGCCGGCAGGUGA